AUGGGGAAUGCACAGGAGAAACCCCCGGGUAGUGGAGGGGGGGGUGCUAAAUCGGAUCAGGCCACGCCAGGGAGCAGGAGGCGAAGCCGGGGAGGAAGCACCACAGAGAAACCCCGGGCCCACAGACAUUCAGACAAGGGGUCAGUAGUAGCCAAUGGUACCCAGGGGAACAACAGCCAUGCUGGGGCAGCGGAGGGCCAGGGCAGCCCCGCGGUGGACACCAGCUACCUGGAUGCCCCCGCCGGUGCCCUUCCACCUCACCUAGCCCGGCUUAAGAAUGAGGGCAAUCACCUCUUCAAACACGGGCAGUUUGGGGACGCCUUGGAGAAAUACACCCAAGCCAUCGGUGGCUGUGCUGACGCAGGUAUCAAUAGCCCCGAGGACCUGUGUAUUCUCUACUCCAACAGAGCUGCCUGUUACCUUAAAGAUGGAAACAGUAUGGACUGCAUACAGGACUGUACUCGGGCUCUGGAGCUACAGCCGUACGCCCUGAAGCCCCUGUUGCGCAGGGCCAUGGCCUAUGAGUCACUGGAGCGCUACAGGAAAGCCUAUGUGGAUUACAAGACCGUGCUGCAGAUAGACACCGGGGUGCAGGCCGCCCAGGACAGCGUCCACAGGAUCACCAAAUUGCUGAUUGAGCAGGACGGAGCCGAGUGGAGACAGAAGCUUCCGGAGAUCCCUCUCGUCCCACUGUCGGCCCAGCAGCACCACAAAGAGCGGCCCGUCAGCGCCGAGCUCAGCCAGGCCCGUGCCGCCAGGGCCGCACAGGAGGAAGCCAGGAGACAGGAGGCCCGCUUCACGGCACUAAAACAGGAGGGCAACGGUCUGGUGCAGAGAGGCCGGUUUCAGGAGGCUCUGGAGAAAUAUAGUGAAUGUCUCGCAAUAAAACCCAGCGAAUGUGCUGUCUACACCAACAGAGCCAUUUGCUUCCUGAAGCUAAACCGCAAUGAAGAGGCCAAACAGGACUGCGACUCUGCCCUGCAGCUUGAGCCAACCAAUAAAAAGGCCUUCUACAGACGGGCCCUGGCCUAUAAAGGAUUGCAGGACUACCUUUCGGCCAGCAGCGACCUCCAGGAAGUGCUCCAGCUGGAUCCCAACGUCCAGGAGGCCGAGCAAGAGCUGGAGGUGGUGACCGGCCUGCUGAGACAGAGUCUGAUGGAGAGCAUGGAGCACACGCCAAGGCAGCUCUAUCCAUCCAUGCACUACUCAAGCCGUGGAAUCCAUAACUAA